UAGUUAUUCGACCUCUGGUAUUUUGUUUCCUUACGUCGCGGCUCCCAGUAGGUUUCAGGAACUUUAAUAGUUUAGUACUGAAUAAUUCGGCUUAAUUCGGAAAGUACUGUAAAUGGAGAUGUAUCGUUUGCCGAUUUAAAAUAGGGCGCGUUGGGAAUCACACGAGAGCGUUGGGAAAAGUUGGCAGUCCCACACAUGGUUUCGAUAAUUGUGUUUCAGCAUUACAUUUUUAAAGUAAUAAAGUGAACUCAUUCAGUCGCUGUGGAGCAAAUCGGCUUUCUUAUCUUCUUAGAAAUCUGCCCGAAAUUGGGCAAUCAAAUUAUUUGGUGGAAUGAAACGGAGCAAAGUUGAAAGCAGGAUCAUUUGACUGCUGCAGUAUAGUGAAGUUUGGAGAGGAAACAUUAACUCAGAAACUUCACUGACUUGCUUGCUACCAUGGCGUCUAAAUUAUUUCUGCGGUUUUGUGAAUAGGCUCAUUGUGCAAUGGGGACUCAGAGAAACGGGUUCGUCAAAAGAGAUAAUUUUAUUCUCUCUGUUGAUGUCGGGACAACCUCCAUCAGGUGCCACGUUUACGACAAGAGUGCCAAAAUCCGAGGAACAUGCUCCACGAAGGUGUCCCUUCUGUAUCCUCAGUCUGGAUGGGUGGAGAUGGAUCCUGAAGAGCUGUGGAAGGGGUUUGUCAAGGUAGUGAAAGGAGCUGUUCAAGACUCAGGCUUACAAAUGUGCCAAAUGGAAUGUCUUGGCAUCUCAACCCAGAGAGCAACAUUCAUGAACUGGGACAGGAACACAGGGAAGCCAUUUCAUAACUUCAUCACCUGGCAGGAUAUGAGGGCAACAGAGUUGGUGAGAUCGUGGAACAGGUCCUGCACUAUGAAGAUGGUACAUGGUGUGCUGAAGAUGCUGCAUUUUAUUACCAGACAGAAGCGAUUCCUUGCCGCCAGUCUGGUAGUUUUUACCACCCAACAUGUAUCAUUGCGCCUUGUUUGGGCCUUGAACAAUAUCCCUCAGUUAAGGCAAGCAGUUGAAGAUGGCACCUGUUAUUUUGGGACCAUAGACACCUGGCUGCUAUACAAACUCACUAAAGGGACAGUUCAUGCUACAGACUAUUCAAAUGCCAGUGCAACAGCAAUAUUUGAUUCUUUUCAGAUGUGCUGGAGUGGAUUUAUUUGCUCACUCCUCUCUAUACCUCUCUCCAUCCUCCCUAGGGUGCAGAACACAAGUCACAAUUUUGGCUCAUCUGAUCCAUCCAUAUUUGGGGUGCCCAUCCCAAUUAUGUCUGUUAUGGCGGACCAACAGGCAGCCAUGUUUGGAGAAUGUUGUUUUGACACUGGUGACGUGAAAAUCACUAUGGGCACAGGGACCUUCAUGGACAUCAAUACCGGGAAUAAACCACACACGUCUGUGGCUGGCCUUUAUCCUCUGGUGGGCUGGAAGAUUGGUACUGAUGUUGUUUAUCUGGCUGAGGGUAAUGCUGCUGGAACAGGUGCUGCCAUUAAAUGGGCACAGGAUCUAGAGCUCUUUUCAGAUGUGAAGGAGACCGAGGCUAUAGCCUCUUGUGUGGAAGACACAGACGGAGUGUAUUUUGUGCCCUCGUUCAGUGGUCUUCAGGCCCCUCUGAAUGAUCCAAAAGCAUGUGCUUCUUUUAUGGGCUUAAAACCUUCUACAACCAAGAGCCACCUGGUUCGAGCCAUUCUAGAGUCUAUAGCAUUCAGGAACAAGCAGCUCUUCGAUGUCAUGCUUCGAGAAACGCGUAUUCCCAUCACUAAAAUCAGGGCAGAUGGAGGUGUAUGCACCAAUGACUUCAUCAUGCAACUGACAGCAGAUCUGUUGGGUCGCAAGAUAGCUCGUCCAGCUAACUAUGACAUGUCCUGCCUUGGGGCUGCUUUUGUUGCAGGGCUAGGAACAGGCUUCUGGAGGAACCAAGAUGAGCUCAAGAAGCUUCAGAACACUGACCAACUAUUCCUUCCUCAAAGGAGUAAAGCAGAAGGGGACAAGGGGGGACAAUACAGAGUUGUACUACAGAGCUGGGAGAGGGCUCUUCAGCGGUCCAUGCACUGGUACAAUCAGCCCUGAUUAACUAGAAAUCAAGCCAUUGUUCUAUAGAAGACUAACUCCCUGUGCACAGUUGUGGGGCAAUUCUUAAGAGUAGCACGUUUCUAACUGAGAAAAACUCUUGAAUAGCAUGAAUUUCUUAACUGGAGCACAUCAACAGCUAGUCAUUGUUUAUACAUUUUGCCUGAUCACAAACUUCGCAAAUUUAAGUCUGAAAGUUGUGAAUCUAGUGGUGUUAUUAUGAAUAGCUGGCAGGAUGCAUCACAAUUCAUUCUUUUUUAAAACUAAAGGUUGAUGUAGUAUUUUUGAUUUUGCCAAUCAUUGAUUCAAUCAAUUAGGCACUUAAAAUCAAUCACUGCCUAUAUCUAACUACUGUAUUUGUUUUAACGGUAUUGUUGAACGGAUGAUUGUUUUUAUUUAACUUUCUGUGUGCCUUAUUGGGGAGAUUGUACACAAGAGAUCCUUGUUAUGCCCUCACUGAGGUAACUCGGUUAUCUCCCACAUGAAUUCUUCUCACCCUAAAGUAAUAUUGUUAGGGUAUGUGAUCAGUGUUUACAAAAAUGCGAGUAAAUGAAGCUUACUACUAUGUCUGACAUUUUUUUUAAUUCAUGCUGUUGUAGAGUUAACACUUAUUGUCCACCCAUUCGUAGUGUAUGGCAAUUUAUAUAGGUUAAAUGUGUUAAAAUACUGUCAAAUGUACCUCUUAAUACAAAACAACUGUAGAAUACUGCAAUCAUGGAGAACUUGUUACCUGAAGGACUACAUUUUGUAAUGGUUUUACAUUUUUAUGCAUUCAACUGUAGUAAAUAAAUUACUGUGAAACUAUUAACAUGCUAGAAUGUCAUCACUAUCUUACAGAAAGUACUGUAAACAUCAUGCCGCAUUUGAUGUCAACAUGUUAAUUUAAAUACAUUUUAAAUUUGCCAUUUCAGUGCCAGCUUGUUUGUUUUGUUAUGCAAAUAGAUAACAUUUGGACUGCCAGUGACAAGGCGUUUAAUUGGCACAGAGAAAAUGAUGUGAAUGGAGCCAAUUGUUUGGCGUUUAAUGGCAGAAAUGUGAAGCUUAUAAUUUUAUAAAAGCACUUACAUUAAUUCCUCUGAAACUCAUGUAUUAUUUGAGCUGUAAAGUUGUUCCAGUUGAGUUCGUAGAGUUUUUACAGUUGUUUUAUGGUUUGGUGAUAUUACAUCAUCAUGGCAAUGAAGUUGUAAAAUUGGUUAUAACUUUAAACAGAAAAGGUUAGUAUGUAAUUUGAUCACACUAAAAUCAUGUUAUCAUGCAUAUUGUUUAUGUCUUGUGCCUAUAUUUUUGAAACGGCAAGUAUUUUAACUUUUACGGAUUGGACCCAUUCACUUCCAUUGUAUGAGUUCACUUUCCAGUGCCUAUAUGUAACCCAGAUUUUUAUUUUUAUUUUAAAGAAAAGGGUGAGGAAAGUCCAAAUACAUUUUUAGGGUAAUUAAUAUUAUGCCACAUGCUGUCGAUUGAGCUUAACUUGUAUUGAACCCGGAAUAUUCCUUUAACACUUAAACGCAUACCUCGGGUCUUUAGUGACCUGGGACCUCAUUCCACCCCCUGUACCUCAUUAAUUUUGGGGGGUUUUGCCCACACCUGUUUUAAUUCCUCAAUCUCUUAUGGUGUAAAAAAAAAAUUUAAAAAAAAAGGAAAAUUGCAACAAAUUUUUAAUGGUUUAAACUUUAAGUAAGUUUAUAGGGUCAUUUGAGACCUGAGGUAUGUAAUAAUAGUUGUAGUUUUUUUUUCACACGAUAUCUAUAUCUUUGUUUAUUACAAGAGGAAUGAGUACUAUAUUGAUAAUACUGUAUCAUGUUGAUUUUCUGUGCAAAAAAAUAUUGACGACAAUGGUGAAUUAUUAUUAUGCAUAUACGCAUACUUAUUAUACUUGUGUAGCUUAUGUGCAGAUUGUGUGUAUCUUACGUGUAGCUUACGUGUUUUUACGUCUCUAUGUUGUGUAGCUCAAUAUUUGUUUGACAGCCAGUUAUAUCUCAGGAAAUUUCAGUGUGAAAUUAAUGAAUCCUGUUCUAUAUUUGCCCUGAUUUGUUGCAUUUUCUCUUUGAUAUAUGAAAAAUAAAAACAUCAAAAUGUAUCAAGAUAUAUUUUAUUCUAUUAUUUUCCAGUUGUCUUGAAAAUAUUUAGAAAUUUUG